UGACGAUGCCCAGCGAUAUCUCAAUCGCGCAUGCAAAUCGACCUCGACCGCACCCACGAGCAUUCCGCCAUCGACCACCGAGCUCUUAGGCCCUCCCUUUGCCCCAUCUUGCAUCCACCUGCAGAAGUGCGCCCUUCGAGCAGCACCUUUGUCAAAUUCUAAUACAGUCUCCGCCAUGACACAUAUUCGCCGAGCAGUGCACGCUCACGCAGAGGCGUCACAUCGCGCGCAAGCAUCGAAUGUGGGCCGCCAGUGCUCAGUGGAAGGCAUCUAUGGGUAUCCGUCUCCGCCCGAUAGCGGCCGUUCGGGUAGCCGUGCUGCCAGUCCAGACGAUCACAGCAAGCAUGCACUCGGUCCAGAGACCAAACUUUCGGCAACAUUUGCAGAUGUUGCAACGCAACUCAACAAUGAGGAGACUGUCUUCAAUCCACCAAGACGGCACACAGCAUCGCCGCAAAUUGUCGAGGAGGACGACGAUAAUCCGCUUGAUGGACCUACUGAGCUGGGAGGUCGAAGGAUCAAAGUUGCUUGGAACCCCAACUUUCGCACAUUCGUCUUUCGCGGUCAGCGCGUAACUUAUCCAACCCCACAGAUGGACGAUUCGGAUGAUGAGGAAAUCGUGCCCCGCUUGCUCUUUCCUGAAGGCUGCGGCAAGACUACCAAGCGAGUCAGACGAUCACGCUCGGGGAAUCAUCGAGGAGUGCAGUGCGCUCGUGCUUCGCCGCCAUGUUGUGAAGAGGGUACGUCAGCACCAUUGUCACCUCGAGAAGCACGCGCGGCCUUGUCGCCGCCUCAGGAAAAGUACGCGCCUGUCUCUCCGCCUUCCCCAGAGAAGUACGCACCUUUCUCGCCUCCCGCAACGAACGCUUCUACUCGCGCUUUCAGCUACGAGUACGAAGAUGGCGACGUCAUGGUCGAGCAUCCCUUGGCGAAUGCUUACGAUCAGCCAAGCGCGAAUUUCCAAGCAUCAGAUGCAGGACUGGAGUGGGAUGAGACGAUACGGGAGGAGUGUGGGCAUAAGGCACACUGCGCCGAGCGCAAGUCCCUUAAACCCAGGCCAAAUCUCUUUGCAGCGGAAAUUGCAGCAGCCGCAGCGUCCAGGUCCACAUCUGCCCAACACCAGGGAACAGGCGCCACGGGACCUCAUGCUCGCUUGCAUCGUAUGAUGGAGGCAUGGUCAGACGAUGAUGACGAGGAUGAGAGCCAACCCUUCCCUUUUGGAGUUUUGGAAGCACCUAACCAAGAACCGAAUAAAGAUACGUCGUCUCGCACAGCAAAGAGAAAGGCAGAUUGGGAUUCUAGCGACGAGGAAGAAAGUCGACGAGUCACUCGCUGGACGCGCGAAGAUGCGUCUCGAGCUCCGGUCACAGCGGAUCAGCAGCGAUGGCGGCCAGAAGAGGUGUUGGCUCCGCAAAGAAAACGCUUGCAAGAGCAGACGAGGACACAUCGUUAGUCUCGCAUCCAAGCUCACGGUCAAGGCCAAGAAACGAAAAGACUCCAGAAUUGAGGAGGUUGCACUCCGACAGCCUAACAUGGCAGUCCAACACGCCCUGAGCGAUGAGCUGACAGCCGGCUCGCGGCUUAUUUGUGGGGCUCCGACUCCAGCAUCGGUCGUUUCAUGAGGAGUCUCCGAAGUCACAAUUGACCACCACGCACAAACAUUUAUCUGCAUCCACAUCCACAUCCACAUCCACAUCCACAUCCACAUCCACAUCCACAUCCACAUCCACAAUCAGCCAUUCGACAUAUGAGUCUUUGUCCAAUUCACACACACACAAUCAGAGCUAUAUGAGCAG